CAAAGAGAGAGACGCAGAAAAUUAGACGUAAAAGGGGGGAAGAGAGGUAGUUGGGUGUAGCGAGCCGCUAGAGAGUGCUGUGAGAGAGCGGGGGUCCUUAGAGACUGCACACUGAGGAAACGUGACAGAGGAAAUAGGGCCACAGGGCACAGUGACAGCAGAGUAGAGUGCGAGCGUGAGCAACGGUGACAAGAAGUGUGACAAAGAGUGUGUUCGGGUCACUUUUAGGGCACCCUCUCUCCUCCUUAUCCCCAUUUCACCCUCUCCUCUGUCUUGACACGCUUCCGUCUCUUCCUUGUGGGGGCUGCCAUGUCCUCUAUCUUGCCUUUUACCCCCCCAAUCGUUAAGAGGCUAUUGGGCUGGAAGAAGGGAGAGCAGAAUGGCCAAGAGGAGAAAUGGUGCGAGAAAGCAGUGAAAAGCCUGGUGAAAAAGCUUAAGAAGACCGGACAGCUGGACGAGCUGGAGAAAGCCCUGACCACCCAGAGCAUCAGCACCAAGUGUAUCACCAUCCCCAGAUCUCUGGAUGGGAGGCUUCAGGUCUCUCAUAGGAAGGGUUUACCGCAUGUCAUAUACUGCCGUCUCUGGAGGUGGCCGGACCUGCACAGCCACCACGAGUUACGGGCCAUGGAAAUGUGUGAAUAUGCUUUCAACAUGAAGAAGGAUGAAGUGUGUGUUAAUCCAUAUCACUACCAGAGAGUGGAGACACCAGUUCUUCCUCCAGUUCUGGUUCCACGGCACACUGAUAUUCCUGCAGAAUUUCCUCCUCUUGACGAUUACAGCCAUUCCAUCCCAGAAAACACCAAUUUUCCAGCAGGCAUUGAGCCACGGAUCACCUACAUUCCAGAAACGCCUCCACCAGGUUAUUUGAGCGAGGAUGGUGAAACCAGUGACCAAAUGAAUCGUUCCAUAGACACAGGCUCACCAAAUCUCUCUCCUAACUCCAUGUCUCCGGCUCACAGCAACAUAGACUUGCAGCCCGUCACAUACUGCGAGCCGGCCUUCUGGUGCUCCAUUUCUUACUAUGAGCUUAACCAGCGAGUAGGAGAGACCUUCCAUGCCUCCCAGCCCUCCAUGACCGUGGAUGGAUUUACAGACCCUUCGAACUCUGAGCGUUUCUGCCUGGGGCUGCUGUCCAACGUGAACCGGAACGCUGCGGUGGAGCUCACACGACGACACAUUGGGCGAGGAGUGCGCCUGUACUACAUCGGAGGCGAGGUGUUUGCGGAGUGUCUCAGCGACAGUGCCAUAUUUGUACAAUCCCCUAACUGUAAUCAGCGCUACGGCUGGCAUCCGGCUACCGUCUGCAAAAUACCGCCAGGGUGUAACCUGAAGAUCUUCAAUAACCAGGAGUUUGCCGCUCUUCUGGCCCAGUCGGUAAACCAGGGGUUUGAGGCAGUGUAUCAGCUCACACGGAUGUGCACCAUACGCAUGAGCUUCGUCAAGGGCUGGGGAGCAGAAUACAGGCGUCAGACUGUGACCAGCACCCCCUGCUGGAUCGAGCUGCAUCUGAAUGGUCCCCUCCAGUGGCUGGAUAAAGUUCUAACGCAAAUGGGCUCCCCAAACAUUCGCUGCUCUAGUGUCUCCUAGAUGGACAUGGCCAUAAACUAGCCCAGCUUAGUCCAUCCUGCACUUGGAGACAAACUCCUUACCCAGGAAAAAACUUUGGAAAUCACUUGUGGGAGUGAAAGGGUGGCGAUGCCCUCAAUGGAACAACAAUUUAUUGACUCUUUGUUAUGUCUAAUAAGAGGAACUCUGGAUUUGGAACCUUCAGCCUUAUCUAGAACUGCCACUCAGGAUGACUGCUGCCGGUCACCACUGCUGCCAUUCUCCUCUGUGCAGUUAGGUAAUCUGUUGGA